CAGCAAAAGUUGUGCACGUGAUUGUGUCCACAGCCCUUGCCCUGCCGAAAGUAUCCUUCUCCCUCUACUAUACUAUCUUCAUUGCCCCCAGCCCCGGCCUUAGAGCUAGAUACCUACGUACACACAUGCAUGUGUACAUGUCUAGUCCAGGAUGUCUUGCUGGGAUGCUAUUGUGUGCACCUGUCAGAACAGGGAGAGUGCAUACUCUUUCAGAAAAGAGUUGAAGAUCCGCCAAAAGAAGGGGCUGAUUUCCCCCUCUGCCCUCCUUCUUGCUGUGGAUGACCCCAAGCCGAACAUAGGGAGUGGUAGUGCUGCUCUAAAUGCCCUCCUCUGUGUGGCUGAGAGACUAACAGCACUCCAGGGUCUUAAGGUUGUUACUGGUGACGUGUUUCGCAAUUCCAAGAUCCUUAUCCUACUACUGGGUGCUACGUUUCCAUUCAGCCCUUGCGGCCAUGCCUUCAUUCCUUAUCCAGGAUCAAUCCCGCCCCAGACCCCUUUAAUGAGGAAGGAGGAGUCUAGCAUAGGCCAAACUGAGUUGAAGACCAACAUUGAUCACCUUCUGGAGAUCUUGAGCAAGCUCUCCCCCUGCCCCCCUCCAGGGGUAUGGGUAUGCUCCACUGAUAUGCUGAUUACAUUACCCUCUAAAAUCGACAUAGUAGACCUCAGUACGUUUGAGAGUGCAGUAGCAGUAUUUACUCUUCGCUCCACUCCUAACCACACAAUGUUGCAUGGAGCUUGUCAGAUCAAUGAGAAUGGUGAGUUUGCUCAGAUUGUCCACCAAGGAGGAAAAAAUGUGAUCCAACAGUUUGUUCAAAAAGAUGGGUCAUGUGACAUGCUGUCAGGGAUAGUGUAUUUUGGCCCUGGUGUGUCGGAAUUGCUGCUAGAGUUGCACAACACCCCUCCCCUUGAUGCCUGCACUUAUAUUGGACUAGACAACGGGGCGAAGCCACUGUCUCUGUCGUUGUUCUUUGACAUUCUUCUUUGCAUGACAACGGACUUAGACAAGGAAGAGUAUGUGGGUGGAGCAUUCAAACAUGUCAUCUUGACCCCCACCAACCUGAACCCACUUUUGAAGAGAGCUAGAGAGAAGCUGUGGGAGGCACUGCGUGGAACCAGCAUGAGAGCAGUUCAGCUCAGGGGUGCCCAGCAUGACUACCUCCAGUAUGUGGCCAGUCACAUGUUGCAUAGAUACCAUCACGAAAAGUCAGGGGCAGACUCACUUGUGAUCAACUCUAUCGUUCACCCUGAUGCUAAGCUGGGGACAGGGAGUGUGCUGAUAAACUGCCAGCUUCAAGCACCAAUCACUGUCGGAGCCAAUUGUUUUUUAUCUGGUCUAGGAGACAGAUUUGCGGAACUUCAGGCUACUAGCUACAUGUUCCUGCCCAAGACAAUACCGGACAAUAUUGCAAUGCAGGAACUCCACGUUACACUUGGCCAUGGGCACACCAAAACCAGCCACCCUGUCAUGGUAACAUAUGGUAUCAAUGAUCGUAUUAUCAACGAGUAUGAAGGAGAGAGUGGAGUCCAAUCUACUGCCUCAUUUUGUAACCAUCCGUGGGAGCAUCUGUUUCAGCGGACUGGGAUUCAGAGCUCUGAUUUAUGGCUACCUGGAGCACCUCGAUCAUUGUUGCAUGCCAAGCUAUAUGUGGCAGCCCACACAAGUGCUGAUGUUGGCAUCAAAGAGACUAUGUGGCUCAUCUUGAAUGGCCAAGACUCAGAUACACUGGAGAGGUGGCGAUCUUCGUGGAGGGUCUCACUACAUGAUAUACUUAGCUGUGUCGACUGUAAUGCAGAAUUUACCACAAUGAGGAACAUCAACUUCCAACUUCAAAAGGAGAGGGUGGUCAAUGCACUCAAAGAAAACGCUACGGUGUGCUUCCUCUCAUUCUUCAAAGCCUCUCUUAUUGAAAAAAGGCAGUACGAGAUCCUCAGCAUGCUUGAUCAAGUUGUGAAGCAGGUGCAUACCAACUCCAGCAUUGUGUGUCGAGUGUAUGCAUGCAUAGCAGACAUGCUUGGCUUUAUGGCGGGGGAGGCAGGCAUUAGGGCGGGACCAGCAGCCAACUUGUCAUGGCAGUUGGCAUUCUCUCUCCUUGAGGAGGGCAAGUUACUGGAGGGAACAGAAGCUCUUUCUGCAGAGAGAGCCAAUUGGAUAGAGGAGAGCAGUGGACCGGAUCGCAUCAUCCGAGCAUCUCGUCACUACGAGAAGGCUGGGCAGAUACUGACUCGUCGAGCAGUUGCCACGGCUAAACAGUUCAUCAAUGGAACACCAUGUGAUCCUCCUGCAAUUGGUCAGACAGUUACAGCUAUGGCGCCUGUUCGUGUGGACCUUGCUGGGGGUUGGUCUGAUACACCUCCAAUUGCGUACGAGUUUGGCGGGGCUGUAGUCACUCUUUCAUUGAAACUCAACAAUGAGUACCCAAUAAAAGCAACAGCAGAAAGGCUGGCUGAGCCCAAGCUGCAGAUUGUCCUCUGGUCUAGCGAUGGUACAGAGCUUGAGAAUAUCACACUCACAAAGCUCUCUCACCUAUCUGACUACUCCCAGCCACAUGCUCCAGGAGCACUUCUCAAGGCUGCAUUCAUUUGUGCCGGGGUGGUUCAAUAUCCCUCGUCGGUUUCUUUAGAACAACAACUGAUGGAACGUUUUGGGUGUGGUUUUAAAUUGCAGUCUUUCUCAAAUGUCCCUCGGGGAUCGGGUCUGGGUACAAGUAGUAUCCUUGGUGGUUGUAAUCUGGCUGCCCUCUACCGAGCUAUGGGAGAAGAACACAAUCGUGACUCACUCAUACAUGCCAUCCUCCACCUGGAGCAGCUACUCACUACUGGGGGUGGGUGGCAGGAUCAGUGCGGGGGGUUGUAUGGGGGAAUCAAAAUGUCCCGUUCUCAGAAAGGACUCCCUGUGAAAAUCUCAACUAAACAGCUUACACCAGCUCCAAACUUUCUCCGAGAACUUAAUGACCGGUUGCUUCUCAUUUACACUGGGAAAACAAGGCUGGCUAGGAACCUUCUGCAGGAUGUGUUACGUAACUGGCAUUCUCGUGAGGCAGCUGUUGUGCAGACUGUUGGUGACUUGGUGAGCAAUGCCGAGGCAGCAGCGAGAGCCGUAGAGACAGGUGAUAUUGCCGAGUUGGGUGCAUGCCUUUCUACGUAUCAGGGCCACAAACUGGCCAUGGCACCUGGUUCAGUACCAGAGGUAGUUGCGCUCUUCGUCAAGAAGGCUAAUGACUUCCUCUAUGGAUCCAGUCUUGCUGGAGCAGGUGGAGGAGGGUUUAUGUUUGCUAUCGUCAAAGACCCCGCCCACAAACAAGAAGUCAGCAGGAUUGUUGCAGAAACUCCUGAAUUGUGCAACUUUGUUAUAUAUGAGGCAGGGAUCGAUGAACAAGGUCUCCAAUUACACAUGUAAUUGUAAUACGAGUUUAUAGUGAUUAUUGAUUGCAACAUGAACUGUUGAUUGUAAUACGAGUUUAUAGUGAUUAUUGAUUGCAACAUGAACUCUUGAUUGUAAUACGAGUUUAUAGUGAUUAUUGAUUGCAACAUGAA